AUGAAGAUCCUCACCCUCAACUUCCUCACCUGCGCCCGCAAGGAGUGCAAGAAGUCGUCGGCCUCGUUCCCGCUGCACCCCAAGGACGCCGAGCUGGUGACCGACGACGCCGAAGUCAACUGCGACCUGCUCGUCAACGUGCUGCCGCGCCUCGACUGGGCCGCCCUGUGCACCACCGCCUGCGAGCUAGGCUUCCCCCAGCUGCCCGAGCAGGCCCCCUCGCAGGAGCAGCUGCGGUCCGACGAGGCCAUGCUCAGGGACAUGCACCACCUGCUGCUCGAGACGCACAUCGUUGUGGGCAAGCUCGAGUGCGGCAACUGCGGGCACGAGUACGCCAUCAAGGAGGGCAUUGCCAACUUUCUCCUGCCCGGCCAUCUGGUGUGA